AAAAAUUACACAUAAUAAUUCAUACAAUUGGAGUUUCUAAAUAUGAAGACUGGAAUUGGGCUGGGCUCGGAUAUACUACUUUACUUGUUUAUAGAAAAAAUAAUUUACUUUACUUGCAAGGUUUUAAAAAUAAUAAAUGUUAUAUUCAAACAUAUACCGAUAAAGGCUUAUUAAAUACAGUUUAUGGAAAAGAUCCAAAUGAUGUAUGGAAAAAUUUCAAUGUUUUAAAAAAUUAUAAUGAACUACAGCUUUAUAGAUUAGAGGAAAGUUUGACAAAUAAAUUAUUACAGCAUAUAUGA